AUGCCAGCCACUCGCACCGCGCUAGCUGAUCCAAGGAACCCUCUAGGUGAUCACGGCUUGCAGUGUAUCGGUUCGCAAAGAGGGGCUGCAGCGCGGUUGGUGGCUGGUAAAUGCACAGUUGAGUGGUGUAACGCCAGCCCUUCCGACCCCCCUCCCCGCCUCCACAACUACAACUACCACAACUACCACAGCUACAACUACCACAACUACCACAGCUAUAACUACCACAAUUACCAUCAUGACUUCACCAAAACCGUCGUCCUCUCCAUCUUUCACCUCUUCCUCCAUGGCCACCGUUACCACAAGAUGUGA